UGGCUCCCUGGGAGCGGGGCACCCCCAGCCUCCCGGUCCCGGACUGGAGGAGAUUUGCCGCGUUUCUGCGGACAGAAGACCACGUCAGAACUGGAGGAACAUGGAUUUAGCCUCUGAGCGGCUGAAUGGCAGAGGUCCCAGCACAAGGCGCAAAGCCUCCACGGCGCUGGAGUCCUUCAAGCGGAUCGGCAUCCCCGUCCUGGCAGCGGUGCUCAGCCUCGCCUGCCUGGUUACGGUCGGGUUCCUGGUCAAGGUUUACCUGGACUACCACUACUUCUUCUGCAAGCAGCCCCUGAAGCUGGUGCCGCUGCAGCAGGUGUGUGACGGGCAGGUGGACUGUCUGCAGGGCGAGGACGAGGCCAACUGUCCCCAGUGGGUCCCUGAGGGGCCACCAGCCGGGGCCCGCGUUUCCAAAGACAGAUCCAUCCUUCAGGUGCUGAACAGGAACACUGGAGCCUGGUCCUGCAUCUGCCACGAUCACUUCAACCUGGCGCUGGCGAAAGCAGCCUGCGAGCAGAUGGGCUACAGGAGCACCCCCACUUUCCGGGCGGUGGAGGUGGGCGCAGGGCAGCCCCAGCCUCCCCGCGAGGUCGUGCUGAGCAACGGCAGCUUCCAGAUGCCUGAGCCGGGCAGGAAAUGCCUCUCUGGAUCGGUUGUUUCCCUCUUUUGCUCCAGGAAACUGUCGGAGAGCCUGCAGCAGGCGGAGGUGAAACUCGUAGACAAGGAGAGCUGCAACCUGGACGCCUACCAUGGGGAGGUCACCGAGAAGAUGCUGUGCGCCGGCCUGCCCCAGGGCGGGGUGGACACCUGCCAGGGGGACAGCGGCGGGCCCCUGCUGUACUCGGGGGGGCACUGGCAGGUGGUGGGCAUCGUCAGCUGGGGCCAGGGCUGCGGGACGCCCAGCACACCCGGUGUCUACACCAGUGUCCGUGCCUACCUCAACUGGAUCUACGCUGUCCGGAGGUCGGAGCUGUGAGACCUGCUGGGCCAGGUCCCUCCUCUCUCCCCAAGCCCCCCUCCACAUCCCUACGUGCUCGGCUGUCUCGGCUCUGGAUCUCAGGCCACAGAAGGUGAGCGGUGCCUCCCAGACCCUCGCUGCCAGGCUGUGACUUCGUGUCCCAGAGGUCAGCCAGGAGGCAGAGGGCAGCUCGGAGCGACAGCCACCAACAGCGGGAAGGAAUGUGACCGGCUCAAGCUCCCUUCCGGAGAAAGAUUAAUUUAUUGCCCUGUGCCAGCCCCGCUGUGGCAGGAAGGCUCCUGUGGGGCUGAGCUGCUGUUUGUUCCCUCCUGUUUGUGCUGUAGAGUAUCCCUAU